CGCGACUAAAAAUGUGACAUGACUUUAUAUUUCCAACUCGGUUUCCGUCGCUUACUUGGCUCUCAUUUUCCUUCCCCGGUCGAAAACCAAGAGUUAGUUUCCUUUUGUCGCCGUGAGGCUCCACUCCAGUCCUCCUGGCCCCCUUCCCCCCCCCCCGCCCAGCUCAGCCUUUUCUUUCCUGCCACCCAUCCUCCCAUCUCUCACUCCAUUUCAUCCAUCCAGGGUGACGCCACGCCACUCACCCCGCCCAGUUCAACUUGGUCCACCCCGCGUUCAUUUCAUUCCUGCUCCCAUUCCGCGCAUAUUUGGCAUCCUUGGAGAGAGCCGAGUAUUUGGACUCACUCAGUGCGCCGCGUCCACCAUCAAAGCGACGCCGGCUGGACACUCACGAGGCACCGGAAGACUCGCUCAUGUCGCGGGGGCUCCAAAGUGUGGGAAUUAAGCGGGAAAGAAGCGAAUGAAUCGAAGGCUUCCUGGGAACUGCUCUCGGAUUUCUGUCCCAACUUUUUACUUUUCUACGAUUGACCAUUUUUAGGCGGAAUAUUUCUGGCCUACUAGAAAACUCACUAGUUUUGUGUGCUGCCAUUAGUCUACUUUAGCUGCCAAUAUGGAGCGCAGCAGCUGGAGCGGCAGCGAGAGUGCCGGGGAAGAUAUGGACAGAUUGAGUGACUCUGGAGGAGACAAAACUAUAGAUGGGGACCCCGAGGGGGUGUGGAGCCCUGACAUUGAGCAGAGCUUCCAAGAAGCCCUUGCUAUCUACCCACCCUGUGGAAGAAGGAAGAUUAUACUGUCGGACGAAGGAAAGAUGUAUGGUCGAAACGAAUUGAUAGCCAGAUACAUCAAACUCCGCACAGGAAAAACACGGACAAGAAAACAGGUAUCAAGUCAUAUCCAGGUCUUAGCCAGAAGAAAAUCAAGGGAGUUUCAAUCCAAAAUAAAGGAUCACAAUGCCAAGGAGAAAGCUCUGCAGAGCAUUUCGUCUAUGUCCUCUUCUCAGAUUGUCUCAGCCACUGCAAUACACAGCAAACUGCUGCCUGGAAUAGUGCGGGCCAACUUUCCUAACACACAGCUGUGGCAAGGGAUGAUCCCUGGAGGACAAUCCAGUUCCGCCUCAGAAGACAUCAAGCCAUUCUCACAGCAAGCCUACUCAGUGCAGACAGCAGGGACCACCACAAUCACAGGUUAUGAUCGUCCUCCAGCCGCCCAGUCACACAGAGAGCCAGCAUGGCACGGCCGCUCUAUCGGCACCACUAAACUACGACUGGUGGAGUUCUCAUCUUUCCUGGAAACACAAAGGGACCAAGAAGCAUACAACAAGCACCUGUUUGUGCACAUCAGUCAGUGCAGUACGACCUACAGCGACCCCCUGCUAGAGUGUGUGGACAUCAGACAGAUCUACGACAAGUUCCCAGAGAAGAAGGGUGGCCUCAAAGAGCUGUUUGGAAAGGGGCCCCAAAACGCUUUCUAUCUAAUCAAGUUUUGGGCGGACUUAAAUUACAACGUACAAGAAGACCCGGCUGCCUUCUACGGCGUCACCAGCCAGUAUGAGAGCUCGGAGAACAUGACCAUCACCUGCUCCACUAAAGUAUGCUCCUUUGGCAAGCAGGUCGUCGAGAAGGUGGAGACGGAGUAUGCCAGGUUUGAAAAUGGACGUUUUGUCUACAGAAUCAGUCGCUCUCCAAUGUGUGAAUACAUGAUCAACUUCAUCCACAAGCUUAAACACCUGCCAGAGAAAUACAUGAUGAACAGCGUCCUAGAGAACUUCACUAUUCUGCUGGUGGUGAGCAACAGAGACACUCAGGAGACGUUGCUUUGCAUGGCCUGUGUGUUUGAGGUGUCAAACAACGAGCAUGGAGCACAGCACCACAUCUAUCGUCUUAUCAAGGAAUAACACACUCACACACAUAUGGCCUUUUCUUUUUUCUUUUUUUUUUUUAGAAAUGUCUGAAAAUACAUUCUGUAAAAGUGUCUUUCAACCAACAACACUGGUAGGAAAAAAUGAUGCGCGGUCACAACUAUGACACUGAAGUUUUUAAUCCAUAGCAGAUUUAUCUUUAAACGUUUCCCCAACACAAUCAUUUCAAAAAGUGUAUAAACAGUGGUACCUUGGUUUUCCUUUCAAAAAGGACCGAAAACUAAAUCCAUUUCCCCCAUGAGAAAUAAUGUAAAUUCUUAUAAUACGUGAAAAAAUAUAUAGACACAAAACUUAUUUUAUGGAGAACAUUUGUAGUUUUACAUGCAGAAAACACUGCAAAAUACACAAAGACUACGAGGAGCACAGAGGGAGGGAGAACUUUGCUAUGAGUUAUUUCUUGAAUUCAAUAGUGUUUCUCAUCUUCUUUAUCAAAGUGCUGGCACUUGAAACUUUUCUUGCCCCCAUAGUGACUUAUUCUUUAGCUAUUCUCCAUAAAUGGGUUUUGGGUUGUACUUGUAUAGCGCUUUUCUACCCCUUUUUAAGGAGCCCAAAGCGCUUUGACAGUAUUUCCACAUUCGCCCAUUCACACACACAUUCACACACUGACAGCGGGAGCUGCCAUGCAAGGCGCUCACCAGGACCCAUCAGGAGCAAGGGUGAAGUGUCUUGCCCAAGGACACAACGGACGUGACUAGGAUGGUAGAAGGUGGGGCUUUAACCAGUAACCCUCAGAUUGCUGGCACAGCCACUCUACCAACUUCACCACGCCGUCCCCAUAAAGAGACAAUGAGCCCAAGUCGGCAAUGUAUGGGAUUCUUUGUGUGGGCACUCAAUAAUGACAUGUUAGUGUUUGGAAGUACAAUAACAGACGGUAUACAGAAACCUUGGUAAUUUUUGGGAAAACCGAAUCUUUCCAAAAGUGGGUUGUACGAAAACCGAGGUACCACAUGGCUCAUGAGCUACUCCAAAAUCCGUUUGAUUACAUGAAAAUUGAGGCUUUCCGAACAUUUUCAUCAUCCAACAAAUUGCUUCUCCAUUCACUCCUACUUCACUGAUGAGAAAUACAAGUUAUUUGCCAUGUGAAGUCAAAACAAAGUGAAAGUAAUUAAGGAAGUAUCAUUGUAGCAUUUUUUUUUUUUUGCAAAGGCAUAUCUCAUUCCGUGUGUGGGUGUGCGUGCGUGCGUGUGUGAUCAGAUCUGCGUGUCUGUUAAAAGAUUUGUGUGUUCGUGUUGCAAUUUGUGUGUGUUUAUAAAAUAGGGAUGUAACGGUACACAUAAAUUCCGGUUCGGUACGUACCUCGGUUUAGAGGUCACUGUUCGGUUCAAGAAAACAACAAAAAUAUAAAUUUUUGGGUUAUUUAUUUACCAAAUUUGUAAACAAUAGCUUUAUCCUUUUAACAUUACGGACACUAUAAUAAUUCUGCCCACGUUAAUCCACAAUAAACUGCCUCAAGUUGUUGCUUUGAUUAAAUAAAAUGACAAAACAUUUCUUCUACAUAUAAAAAGUGCAACAUGAAACAGUUUCAAGUAAACUCAUCAUGCUUAAUUUAUUACAGCAUUUGGGAAGCCUGUAGUUGACUUUUAUUAUGUAAAUGUUGUAUUUUUAUCAACAUGUGAUAGCAGGGACCCUGCCAUUCAAAACUAGGCUGCUACAUUACUAAUGAUUAAUGUAACUAUAGCUGAAAAAAUAGUACAACAGCAAUAGGAGAGACUAUUCAUCCCAGUACACCUUGGAGUUCAUGUUAGUUCAUAUGAAAUAACAGACAGGGAUUUGCUGCCGUUAACACGCACACGCGCACACACACACACACACACACACACAGCAAAAUGAGCUAACGUUACGCUAAAAGCUAAUUAGCCUAGAAAGUCAACGGGCUCAUAGUGAUGUUUAGAAAGUAGUUGACUUGGAAGUGUUUGGUAUAAUUUGGGAAGAGUCCGCUGCUCCCCUGCUAAAUGAAUAUCUGCUCGACGCUGAAGCAGUGACUCAAUGCGCUCUGAAUACGCACUGCUGAUUGGCUGUUACAUCGCUCUGAAUACGCACUGCUGAUUGGCUGUUACAUCGCUCUGAAUACGCACUGCUGAUUGGCUUUGUAUGUAACCAAUCAGAUGGUUGUGUGGGUGGUACAAAUGCUUGCCGCUGAGACAGAGGCAGAAAGCAGAGCAGCUUGCGAAGACUUACAAACUCGUUCGGUACGCCCGCGUGCCAAACCGAAACGGUUCAAUACAAAUACACGUACCGUUACACCCCUAGUAUAAAAAUGUAAUCUGUCGGUGUGUUUGUUUGGAUAACCGAUUUGUGUGUGUGUAUUUGUAGAAAAAAUAUUGUCUAAACUAAUACACAAUCGCAACACAAACAUUUUUUUUACACACACAAUUCGCAACACGGACACAAAGGUUGUUUUAAAACUCAGAAAUCUAAACAAAGACACACGAACAGCAACACGGAACACACACUCACCAAUUUAAAUUUAAACAAAAACACUCAAAUCACUACACUGACCGAAACACAAGUACGCGCACACAAGUAUAAACAAAGACACCAAUUGCAAUAGGUACAGACAGAUAUUCUUUACACACACACACACACACACACACACACACACACACACACACACACACACACACACACACACAAAUCUCAACACGGACACAAAAAAAGCAACACGGAAAGACUGAUUUUCUGUACACACAAACAGAAAUCUAAACAAAGACUCACCAAUUGCUACACGAACACAGAUUAUUUUUACACAGACACACAAAUUACAACACAGAAAUGCAUAUCUGAUCACACACAGAUUGAAAUACGCAUUUGCAAGUUAUUUUUGUUAUUUACAAUAACAAUUCCAUAAAUAAUGUUCCCCCCAUAGGACGGUGUGUGUGAGUGUUAUUGUGGAGAUAAAGAUGGUCAGACCCUGUGGAUCAUCAAUAACACUGGAUGAAAUAAUACCACUAUGUUGUCAUAUAAUAACACGACACAUGUGGUUUUCUAAACAUAGCAAAGCUAAAUUGUGUGAGAGGCAGUCUUGCGCACAAAAAAAGGUUUGUCCCAAAGAAAAUGUUUCUUUUUUUUUUUUUUUUUUAACAUUUUUGUAUGUUUCUUUAAGAAAAUAAAAAAGAUAUAUGUAGUCUCUACAUUUUGGAAAUUUGAUAUAAAUAGCAUAUUUUCUCUAUUUUAAUUCCAGCUACAAAAUCUAAAGUGCAUGUUGAUAAGAAGUUAUACGACAAAUUUAAACAAUUCAGGUCCAUUUAUGUGCAACAUUUUGAAGCAUUGAGAAUUCAAGUAAACUACAACAGUCACUGCAGGGGAGAAUGUUAGCAAAGGAAGUCGACUUCCACUUGCCCGCUUGAGCUUGAACAGCACAGUUGUCUUUCCUACUUGUUGACCGUAGCACAUUCAAAUGAUUCAAGUGUUCUCUCCUCUCAUUGUCAAUGAAGUAAAACCAAAAAAAGUGUGUGCACUGUAGCAGGUGAUGUUUGGCGGUGUGUCCAUGUCAUGCCUUUAGCAGCAUGAAGUGCCUUUUGUCUGGAAACAACAAGUGUCUUCUUGGUCAGUGUCUUUGCUCAGUGAAAUUUUUCUUUCAUGAGUGGGAAUUGAAAAACAUAAAACUUUUGGUGUAUUUGGAUUUCAAUUUCAAAAUGGGGGAAGAAAUCAACAAUAGAUUUAUAUUUCAUAGUUCAUAUAACAAAAAUGAAAACCACCAAUCAGCUGAAACUAGGAAACUGACUAAAAAUAUGUUUUGGUUUUUUAAAGAUAUUCUGACAUCAGAACACACCUACGAUGACGUUAAUUUACAUUUCAAACUCUUCAAUGUGGUCUAGAUAUUAUGUAUUGGAUAUGCUAAGGCAUAUAUUUUGCUAAACAGUCUUUUUAUAACUCUAUGAGUCUGUCUGCAAGAUGAUUGAUUCUGGAGGCUUUCCCAGAUUGUACAAAAUCCAAAACCAGUGAAGUUGGCACGUUGUGGAAAUGGUAAAUAAAAAGAGAAUACAAUGAUUUGCAAAUCCUUUUCAACUUAUAUUCAAUUGAAUAGACUGCAAAGAGAAGAUAUAUAAUGUUCCAACUUAAUUUGGUUUUGCAAAUAAUCAUUAACUUAAAAUUUAAUGGCAGCAACACAUGUUGGCCCAGGCGCAUUUUUACCACUGUGUUACAUAGCCUUUCCUUUUAACAUCAUUCAGUAAACAUUUGUUAACUGAAAAGACCAAAUUUUGAAGCUUUUCAAGUUAAAUGUUUUCCUAUUCUUGCUUGAUGUACAGUUAAUGUUGUUCAACAGUCUGGGGUAUCCGUAGUCGUAUUUUAGGCUUCAUAAUGCGCCACACCUUUUUAAUGGGAGACAGGUCUGGACUACAGGCAGGCCAGUCUAGUACCCGCACUCUUUUACUAUGAAGCCACACUGUUGAAACAUGUGGCUUGGCAUUGUCUUGCUGAAAUAAUCAGGGGCGUCCAUGAUAAUGUUGCUUGGAUGGCAACAUAUGUUGCUCCAAAACCUGUAUGUACCUUUCAGCAUUAAUGGUGCCUUCACAGAUGUGUAAGUUACCCGUGUCUUGGUCACUAAUACACCCCCAUACCAUCACAGAUGCUGGCUUUUGAACUUUGCGCCUAGAACAAUCCGGAUGGUUCUUUUCCUCUUUGUUCUGGAGAACACAACGUCCACAGUUUCCAAAAAUAAUUUUAAAUCUGGACUCGUUAGACCACAGAACACCUUUCCACUUUGCAUCAGUCCAUCUUAGAUGAACUCGGGCCCAGCAAAGCCGGCUGCGUUUCUGGGUGUUGUUGAUAAAUGGCUUCCGCUUUGCAUAGAGUUUAAACUUGCACUUACAGAUGUAGCGACGAACUGUAGUUACUGACAUUGGUUUACUGAAGUGUUCCUGAGGCUAUGUGGUAAUAUCCUUUACACACUGAUAUCGCUUUUUUAUAUAGUAUUGCUAGAGGGAUGAAAGUUCACAGGCAUUGCUGCUUGCGUGCAGUGAUUUCUCCAGAUUCUCUAAACAUUUUGAUGAUAUUACAGACCGUAGAUGGUGAAAUCCCUAAAUUCCUUGCAAUAGCUCGUUUAGAAAUGUUGUUCUUAAACUGUUCGACAAUUUGCUCACGCAAUUGUUCACAAAGCGGUGACCCUCGCCCCAUCCUUGUUUGUGAAUGACUGAAACAAACACUUUCAUGGAAGGUCCUUUUAUACCCAAUCAUGGCACCCACCUGUUCCUAAUUAGCCUGUUCCCCUGUGGGAUGUUCCAAUAAGUGUUUGAUGAGCAUUCCUCCACGUUCUCAGUCUUUUUUGCCACUUGUGUCAGCUUUUUUGAAACAUGUUGCAGGCAUCAAAUUGCAUAUGAGCUAAUAUUUGUAAAAACUAACAAAAGUUUUCCAUUUUGAACGUUAAGUAUCUUGUCUUUGCCGUCUAUUAAUUGAAUAUAUGAUUUGCAAAUCAUUGUAUUCUGUUUUUAUUUACCAUUUACACAACGUGCCAACUUCACUGGUUUUGGGUUAUGUGAAUGAAACCAUGUCCAAGCUCUCCAAAAGUAUUGUAAUUCAUCUUUUGAAAAAUAUACACUGUGUAAAGAUAUAACUUGAAGUCCUUCACUCCAGUGGGCCGCAAAAUAAUUUUUUAUUAUUAUAAUUUAUUUAUUUAUUUAUUAUUUUUAAUUAAAUCAACAUAAAAAAACACAAGAUACACUUACAAUUAGUGCACCAACCCCAAAAAAGCUCCCUUUUUCAUGACAAAAAAAUAAAAAUAAAUUAAAAAAAAUACAAAAAUUGUAUAUAUCAGCAGGGACAACAGUCAUCAUGUGAACCCUUUAAAGACAAAACUGCCCUGUGGCCUGUUGUGAAAACAACAACAUUGUGAGGUUGUAUCCUGUGUGAGAAAAACCAGAUGGUCAUGUCAACUUUUUUUUAUAUAUCCACUUAUGUGCACAUAUAUAAUGCAACACAAUUUUGUUGUUAUCUGUACUGUAAAGUUCAAAUUUUAAUGACAAUAAAGAAGUCUAAGUUUUACGAUACAACACCACACUGUUUUUUUUAUUAUCAUUUUUUUUUAAUUCCGGGCUGCAGCUUGGUCUUGUCUUAUCUGUAUUUUUCAUUUCUGCUGGUUUUCAUUUUUGUUACAUGUCAUAUAAGAUGGAAAUCUAACAGCUAUUUAGAUUUAUGUAUUGCUCUUUGACACUGAAAUUGAACACCACAUUUUUACAAUUUUGUAUUUUAAAGAAAAUUUAAUCCAACUAUACUUUUGUUUUUCAAUUCCCUAUUCAUGGUAUAAAAAUAUCAACGACAAAAAAAAAACACAAAAAAUCAGAUCUGUUGAAUGAAUUGAUCAUUACUUGGAGAACCAAGAACUUCUAAUUGCACAUGCUCCUAUACUGGACUCAUGUUUAAUGUUCAACGUCGUCUUGUAUCUCUUUUUAGUUCCCGCAGAAUGUAAAUGAAGUGUUCAGUUAUCCGGUAUGACAAGUGCUUGAGUCUGUGACCUAUGUGUGUAUGUACGUGCGCGCCACUGAACAUUGUCAGGUCGCUGAUUCAAAAUAACGCAUUGUAUGAACUUUUGGAGAUGAACCACUAUUGAUACACUUCUAUACCACACAUGACGUCAAGUUGAUGCAUUCUUGCGUUACCUUCGAGGUUCUCUCACAUUGUCAUGAAUGUCGUUGAAAUCAACGUUUACUUUCUUAGUUGGAGUUUCAGGUUUUGUGUGAAGUAAAGGUCUACUUAUUCCUUAGCCCAGGGGUCGGCAACCCAAAAUGUUGAAAAACUAAAUAUUUCUGGAGCAUAAAAAAAUUAAAAGCCUUAUAUAAGUCUGAUAAUGAAGGCAACACAUGGUGUAUCAAUCAAUCAAUCAAUGAUUAUUUAUAUAGCCCUAAAUCACUAGUGUCUCAAAGGGCUGCACAAACCACAACACAAACCACUACGACAUCCUCGGUAGAGCCCACAUAAGGGCAAGGAAAACUCACACCCAGUGGGACGCCGGUGACAAUGAUGACUAUGAGAAACCUUGGAGAGGACCGCAUAUAUGGGCAACCCCCAUAUAUAGCUGUUAACUGUCAAAAUGACUGUUUCGCAGGCUGACACAAAUCUUCAUUGAUAGAAAUGUUGAAAUGUAAUAUUUAUUCUACACAUUUUUGUAACAUUGGAAAGUAUUAAUAACACAGAGGCUUCUCAAGAAGGUGAGAUAACUCCUGGAAAUUACUGGCUCAGAAUGUUCAAAGGUAUAGAUGUGUGUGUCCAAGUUAAAGGAAACGGCAGGCCCUCUUCUAAUGGAUUUUUUACCAUCUUUGCAAGCUGGGUAACAUUCGCUGUGGUCUGGAACAACAUGGCACACUAACAACCAUCAGACAUGCAGCCAAUAUUACAUACAGAUAUUGUGUCAUGAAACAUGCAAAUAUAAGUUAAAUACACCGAGGACAUAAGUGAAGGGAAACAAAUGAGCUCAAAUAUACCCAAAAAAGGGGCACAAUGAUGCAAUAUGUAUGUGAAUAUGAAUAGCAUGUUAGCAUUGGUUAGCUUAUAGUCAUGCACUGACCAAAUAUGCCUGAUUAGCACUCCAACCAGUCAAUAAAAUCAACAAAGCUCACCUUUGUGCAUUCAUACACAGCAUAAAACGUUUGUUGGACAAAAUGAGACAAAGAAGGAGUGGCAUAAAAUGUCUUUCUGUGGCAGCGUUGGAGAAAGUUGUACUUGUAAACUAUGGUGUGUCCAAAGAUCGCCAAAAUUAGUAGGACCAAACGGCGCUCGCCAAAUCCUCUCAUGAGUGAAGCAUGUUUAAUGUAAACAGUGGGAUUGCGAAGGUUUGCUUCAUGUUUGUUGUCCUACAAAAUAUAUAUUAAAACAAAAAAUAUAUUUUUCCCACCAUUUGUUCCAUUUUCAUACAUUUUUGAAAAAGCUCCAGGGUGACGCUUAAGAGCCGCAUGCGGGUUGCCGACCCCCGCCUUAGGAGUCCUUUAACUUAAAGACCGACACAAUACUAGACUCACUUAAUUCUGGCACUGUGUUCCCAUUACUGUUCCUUUUCUUCUCCUUUUCAAGAGGCUAUCUCUGCUUUUUUUUAGUAGGCACUCUCAGGUUAUCCUGUCAUCUAUGAAGAUGGAAUCAAUCACUGAGACAAGAAAGUCAUGCAUUUGAUUCAUUUCACUGUUGUGUGUUGCCAGUGUUGUCUUGUUUGUGCAAAAUUGGACAUUUUAGAGCUGCACACGGCACAGAAAUCCUGUUUGUGACCAGUUUCCUAAUGGCCUUGACUGGGAGUUGUUGUUUUUUUAAGGUGCUUUGUAUAAAGUUGACAAUGACAUUUAUUACAUAUGUUGUGUAUAUGUUUGAUAUUCUAAUAUCUAUCCUAUUUUGUGACCAGAGAAUAAAUGUAGAAAAUCCAAAUGCCAGUGGUGUGUCUAUUGGUACCGCACAGGGUCUGAUCUUUGCUUUGUAACCCGCCCCCCACCCCUCAUGGCUCUAGAAUAUGCUAGGUAUUUUGUAGCUUUGUAGAGACUUUGUAUGCAUUUGUUAUUCACUUUCAAAUAAAUGGCCAGUUCUAAA